AUGGAGAGCAUCACCGAGCUGGCGCACGACGGCCAGGCAAGAAGCCUCACCUUUUCGCCAGACGGCACCCUGCUCGCCGGAGGGGGUGGGGUCGACGACAAGCACGGCUUGAUGACAAAGAAGAGCAAAUAUAACAAGAUGAAGACCGUGAUCUGGCAGUUGGCCGCAGACGGCAACAGCGCCAGCCAUGUGGCCGCCGUGGAGUUCGACGACAUCGUCCACGCGACGGUGUUCGCCCCGGGCGGGAACCUGUUGGCCGUAGGCGGCGAGAACUGCGAGGUGGCCGUGCUGCUCGUGGACCGUGGCUUCGAGCGUGCCACGAGCUUGCAGUGCGCCGCCGGGGUGAGGUGCCUUGCGUGGUCUCCUGACAACCGCUUCCUGGCCUCGGGCGGCGAGGACAUGCAGAUAUCCAUCUGGGACGUCGUCGACGAGGUGCUGGCGCUGCAGCUGCCGAAGGCCAGGGACUGGUACUGCGGCCUCGCCUUCUCCACCGAUGGGCUCUGGCUGGCCAGCUGCGGCUUCGGCACCCGCGAGGUGCUGCUGCACCCGGUGACGACGAGCGAGGAGCGCUUGGCCUCCAGGCCCUCCUCGAGGGCGCCGUCGGAGGCGGACGAGGCCGAGGCCCCCAGCCUCGACGGCGACGAGGACGCGCACGAUGGCGCCGAUCAUGAGCCGAGGAGGCUCAGCUCGUCGCCGGCGGGCCCGCAGAGCCUGGCAGUGACCAUGUCGGUGCCGGCCUCCGUCGAGACGGGCGACCAGGUCCAGGGCUUCAUGCUGAAGGUAGAGCAGGUGGGGUCCGGCGACGAGCGGCGGCCCCAGGGGCGCGACGCGCGGUCGGACAAGGCGCUGAUGCUCGGGGUGCCGCUGGGACAAACGAGGCCCGCGCUCUCCACGUCGAGGCAGGCCGUGGAGCUGAAGCACACGGACGAGGUCAUGGGGCUCGCGUUCAGCCCGGACGGCCGUUUCGUGGCCACGGGGGGCGAGGACGCCAGCCUGGUCAUUUGGGACGCCGCAGACGGCUCGAAGGCCGCGGGAGCGAAGCUCGAUGAUCCAAUCUCUUCGCUGGCAUACUCCCCGAGCGGUCUCUACGUGGCGGUGGCGACCACGGGGUCGAGCUUGGUCCUCUGGGGCACGGCCGAAAAGUGCGAGGUGGGCAGCAAAGAGUUCGACGCCCCCGUGCUGACCGUGGCGAUUGGGAAGAGCGAGCUCCUGGCCGCUGGCACGGCGGAUAAGGGGGUAUCGCUGCUUUCCCUCCCGAACAUGCAGGAGAUUGCGUGCCUCCAGCACGACGAUAUUGGGACAUUGCGCUGCCUGUCCUUCUCGCCCUGCGGCGGCAUGCUCACUGGCGGGGGAGGCAUCGACGACAUGCACGGUCUCAUGACGAACAAGUCGCAGCGAAAUGGUAUGCAGACGGUGGUCUGGCGCGUGGCUGCUGUCGAACAGGACUGCAAGUAUAUGAGGUCGAUCCCGUUUCCCGACAUCGUGCAUGCGGUGGCCUUCUCUCCCACAGGGACCCUGCUCGCUGUAGGCGGCGAGGACCGCGCGAUAAGCAUGAUGUUGGUCGACCGGGAUUUCGAAAGCGUAUCCCACUUCGCGUGCGUUGCUGGUGUACGUUGCCUGGGCUGGUCUCCAGACUCCCGCUUCCUGGCGAGCGGCGGCGAGGACAUGCAGGUCACGAUAUGGGACGUUAUCUCCGAGCAGAUGGUCUUUCAGACGCCCAAGGCGCCGGAUUGGCUCUGCUGCGUGCGCUUCAGCCCCGACGGCCGGUGGCUGGCCUCUUGCGGCUUCGGGCACACCGGGGCGACUCUGCACCCGGUCGAGGACGAGAAGCAGGAGUCGUCUCCCUCGGAGCCCGGGCGCGCUGGUUGGCGGGGGAGUCUCCGCGGCGACCGCCGACGGCCCUGA